UGCAUCUCAGCUCCUCCCUCAGCCCCUGAUGCAUCACUGUGGUAGUGAGAGCAGGCAGCGAGAGAUGCUGGCGGGAGACGCUAAGACUAGGUAGAGUGCUUCCCGUGAACUGACAGACGCACACCCCGUCCGAGUUGAGCCAGAGGCAGUGAUCAUCUUCCAGUGUCCUCCCCACCCACAAGUCGGACAGAGACCCAACACCUGGGAAAGCGGCUGUGAUUCGCAGGUACCGGCAACGUUAGAACGGGCGAUAAUUUAGCCGAGUCAACGCAAGUGCCAAAAUGCUGCCAUUGAUUGCUGUUAUUUUGUUGUGUGGGACUGUUAGACACCUGGAAGCAACCUGCCCAGUAACUGGAAGCCACAAAGCUGCCCCGAGCCCUGAGCCAGAUCUCCAUGACUGUCCGUUAUAUUCAAAGAAUGCUUGCUGCACAGCGAACAUAAAGGAUAAAGUGAAUACUUCACCAGAGGCUGUGUCCUGGAACCAAUGUGGACGCUUGAGCACAAAGUGCGAGCAAUUCUUCAACCAGUUGUCGUGUUUCUAUCGCUGCUCCCCAGAUGUUACAAUUUGGGCAAGCCCAAGGCAUUCCAAUUCUCUUCUGAAUGUACCUCUCUGUCAGGGCUUUUGUGACCAAUGGUACAAAGCAUGUGAGAAUGAUCAGACCUGCAUUCGGGACUGGAAUGCAGAUUUGAAAAGGUCAAAUCGUACUCGGGGCAUCUGCACCUCGGACUGUAUUCCUUUCAGUAAGAUGUACAAGAACGGAAAAGAUCUGUGUGAGAGCAUAUCUGGAAGUUCUUUCAAGGUCAGAUCCUGUAAUUGCCUGAACAUGGACGAGAAUGACGAGGAGGUGAUUAAAACCCUGAUGCAGGAGGAUAGCACCAAGGCUGGUAUUAAUGGGGAGCUCCCAUGCAAAGAGAAGCGCAGCACUCGGAACAAGCUGAGGCGCUCCAUCCGCACGCAUUCACUUUUCGUGGAAGACAUCGAUGGCAGUGGAAGCGGGUUCCCGACGACCGAUUAGUUAAAACUACGGUUGCUGUCUCUCUUUUGUUUUGCAUAGUUGCUGCUCCUGUUAAAACCUACUCCUUGCUGUAUUUACAUUGAUAAAUAUUCCAGAGUUAA